AUGGUACAUUUCAGCACUCGGUGUCUGCUCGUCUGUCUUGAUUUUUUUCUUGCGUGUAUAGCUUUAGAGCACCCAACUCGUAACUCUAUCGAUUCACUUCUUGAGGACCGUAUUGAUGAAGUUCCGACCAAUACGAACAACAUGAUGCCCUCCGUGGCUUUUGAAGUCCACCAACCCAAUCUGCCGAACCUUGCGACCACGGGUCAAUCUUCCUUUGAAAAUAUGGGAAAGCAGUUUACACCAGCCGGGCGGAGUAUUGGAACAAACCAAUUGGAUCAUCAGACGAGCGGCUUGGUUCACGGAGCUUCACUCGCCUCACUUCCGUCGUAUAGUAUGGCAGAGUUUAGGUCGAAAGACUUGAUGGAACUCACCCAGACCUAUCCUACUGUGGAAACACAGGCCCCCAAAUACCACAUGUCUACUUAUCUAGACCCAACAAGCUUUUCCUUCUUCCUGAACAGUUUGGAGGAUCAAUUGAAUCAAGCUCUGGUAGCAGGAGGGCAGGAAGCAACUUCUAUGCACAAUGCAAUCUCGAAUGGGUAUGGAGCAGUAGCCUCAUCACACGCUGGUAAUACUCCACCUCCAGUACCUCAAUCUUCACAUGAUUUUCAAACCCCACCAGAUAUUGGUUCCAUGUAUCCAAUGAAUUUCAUAAAUGAAAUACCACCAUGUAUGGGUGGUCCCCUCAAUGGCCAAUUGCUUUCAGAAACAAGAUUCAGACGGACUUCGACUGAUACGUACAUCCAGGGCCCAACAGUGGAAAGAGUCGAGUUUAACCCCUGGUUGACUGAUUCUGCAGUCCUCGACUCUCACAGCAGCCAAUCUGGCUUGCAGAAAAGUGUAAAUGGGCAUGGCAAAAUCCCAGUAAGUGUGAACCCAGCCAACCAAUCUCUUGGAUUUGAUGCACCAGAAGGGAGGCCUGUUUGUGAUAGAUGUGAAGCUACCCCGUCCAAACGCAGGAAGUACACCAAACGGAGACCACCAACUGUCGAAAUCUCUACAAAAAUACCCACUGUGGUACCUGAAAUGAUUAAAUUGAAUCUCAUCCCUUUGGAGAAAAAAUCAAGAAUACUCGUCUUUGACAGGGAAGUAUUCGGAUGUGAAAAUUCCGCUGAAUUGAAUAACGGCAGAUUGAAUCAAGUGCUUUUGAAGCUCGAUUUAUUGGCUCGUCAAAAAAUGCAAGUCUCGCCAGAACACUGUCAUGAGUUAUGUUCAGAGGGAAAUUACAUUCAAAUACCUCGUCAUAUUGGCCCAAACAUGUAUGGGUCAACACCACAAGAAAAGCUCAAAAAAUCAAAUGAAAGAAGGUCUCAAAAAAGAAAUCAACUGAUUGAUUUAAACGAAGAAUUGUGGCUACAUCGAUCACUUUGGUUUCAGUUUUGGGAAGAUAGAACUGGGUUAAAGUUGCAAGAUAAGCCAUUUGGAUUGGCACCACCCGAAAGGCCGGUUCGAAUGCGUAUCAACCAAUGCUUUGUGUUGUUCCCAUUCUAUCUGGAUAUGAUCGCUACCAUCCUCUUUAGGGAUAAUCGAGUUGAAUCGCGGGAAGCUAUUCCAGAAGACCAUGGCUCAGUAUUGAUUAAGAAAUCAAUCGAAAUAUACGAUCAACUAGCCCAAUCUUGGGCUGAAGAAAACUUACAAAUGAAAUCUAAGAGAUUUCAGAAACCAAAUAAGAAAUCAGGUAGUACUACUAACACUUCCACUCAUAUUUUCAAAAUCGAUAACAAGUACCCAGCCAAUAGUGUGAUUAACUGGGAUUUCAUAGAGAACUUCAUUAUCCUUUCAGGUAAUAAAGAGAAUUUCUGA